UAUGACAGUAUAAAAUUUGAAAUAUAUAAUUUCUCUCAAUCUACUAAUUCAAUGGAAGUACAAUAUUUUUCCAAAAGUCAAACUAAAUCAAAUGGUUGGUCUAAUAAAACACCUCAUCACCAUCAUCAUCAUCAUUAUUCUUCACCUUUGAAUUCCCAUUCACUUAUUCAUCAUCCUUUGAAUUUAGAAGAAGAAGAAGGAGAAGACGACGAUGAUGAUGACGAUGAUGAUGAUGAAGAUGAAGAUGAAAUAGAAACUUCACAAUACAAAUCGAUCAAUGUAAAUGGUGUACAUGAAAGUCAACAAUACAAAACUAUGAAUACUACUAUUACUACUACUACUACUACUACUACUACUACUAAUAAUAAUAAUAAUAAUAAUAAUAAUCAUAUUUCAACAAUGACAGAUAAUCAUAUCAAUUCAAAAACUACUUUAUUAUCAAUAAAUAAUUCCUGUAUGUCGGAUGAAGUAUUGCCUACACAGGAUAUAUCUGAUAAUAAUAAUAAUAAUAAUAAUAAUAAUAAUAAUAUUAAUAAUAAUAAUAAUAAUAACAAUAAUAGCAGAAUCGAUAAUGAUGUUGUAGAUGAAUACUUCCCACCAAUAUUAACUGAACAAAAAUCAUUCAGUGUAAAUGUUGCAGUACAAACUGAUCAUCAACCAAUUUCAUCAUGUUGUAAUGAAGCAUUAACAUUGACUGAGAGUUUACCGAAUUUAUUGUAUUCCGAUCAUUCAACGGAUACGAAUAUUCACACUACUUAUGAUAAUCAUAACAUGGAGAGUUUAAUUGAUGCUAUCAAAUGUGUUUAUGCUGAAAUGAAAAUUGAACAAGCUGAAAUGAUUGUGAAUAAUUUAAUUGAAAAAUUUGCUGAACCAUCUGAUAUGUAUACAUCUGUAGAGAAUCUUCCUAAAGAUAAUUUAUUAUUUUAUAAUAUUUAUAAUACUAACAAUACUACUGAUAAUACUACUGAUAUUGAUGAUGUUAGUAAUAAGAAGAAAAAUGCAUCAUCCAAUCAUCAAACAGCCACAUCAUUUUUCUCACCGAUAUUUAAAUUACUUUUAACUCAAUCAGAAACACAAAUAUUCCCGGAUUUAUAUAAAUUAAGUCCAUCAGGACGUAAACUCUAUGAUUUAUGCCAUCGACUUGCAUUUGAUAUUAGACGAACUAAAAAUAAGAAUAUGAAUAAUUCUCCACUAGGUAAAUUAGGACAGCAUGAAAAAGAAAAUUUACGUGAACAUUAUAAUUUAGAGUUAAUUGUUGUUACGUAUAUUGUAUUGCAAAAAAUGCGAACUAAACAAUCCAAUCAUAUUAAUACAACUACAGCUACAACUUCUGCUACUACUUUGAAUACAAUAACAACAACAGCAAAUACCGCCAAUGCUAAAACAAUCAGUAACGCACAAAAUAAUAAUAUUCCGUUGAAUUGUCACAAAUCUUUCAAUAAUUCAUUACAAAUCUCUCAACAGAAUCGUCGUAAUGCUUUCAUUCAUUAUUUACAAGAUAUAUGCAAAACUUGUGAAAUGCCUAAAUCCACGACAACAACGACAACACCACCAACAGCUACGCCAACGACAACAGCUACAACAACCGUUGAUUGUGAUGAUCUUGGUCAAUGUCAACAAUAUGCUAAAAAUGCUCAUUGUCAUCACUGUGAACAUAAUGAUAAUAAUAAUAAUAAUAAUAUUAAUCAAUCGGAAAAAUAUGAAAAAUAUUUAGAACAGCUACUUAUCACAUCGAAUAAUAGUCUCAAUCAUGCUGCUUCUACUAUUACUACUGUGAAUAAUAACAAUAAUGUCAAUCGUCAAUGUCCAGCACCAACUUAUACAAAUCCAUUAAAUUGUCCAUUAUCUAUGCUAUCUUUUGUAAGUAAUUUAAAUAAAAUCGAUAAUACAGGAAGAGUAAAUGAGAAUAAUAAUGAUUGUGAUUAUGAUGAUGAUGAUGAUCAAAACGAAAACCUAGUAGAAGUAGUUCCUACAGAGGUGGAGAAAACUGAUCAACGCCGAAGACGACCACGACGUCAACGACAAUGUCGACGACAGCCACAACAACCGAAACAACAGCAUCGCUAUCGACAUCGACCACAGAAACAAGCACAAGGAAGCGAGAAAUGUCAACAGAAUAAACAACAAUGCCCAUCUUUACCUAAUAAUCACGAUAAUGAUAAAAUAGACUGUGAAAUUUUGUCCAUUCCAUUCUCUUCUUUUGUAUCAUCCACGUCGCCUUCAUCACCAUCAUCAUCAUUAUAUACUAUCACUAUCGAAAUUAGUAAGUUAUUCUAUAAAUGUAUGUAUAUAUUUUCUAAAUGA